GAUUCGAUUUAUCCCACACCUGGGUAAGUCAACGACCACACAAGUGAAGUUAGAGACAACAUGAUCUCUCUUCCAACUUGUUUCUUUCUGUAUUUCUCUCUUGCGCUGGAUUAUUUUCAUCAGGGUUCUGGAAAAGCUUCAAGUUGAUCAGUCUUUCAUAUUCGAUCUCUCUAGAUCUUAAUAUUUCCCAAUCAACUUCUUUCCUGAUUCAGAGGUUAUGAAAUACAAAUUGUGGGGUUUGCAGGUUAUUAGUAUGGCUUCUUCCUCUUCCUCUGCUGCUGAUAUCUCGUCACGUCGAAGAAAGUAUGAUGUGUUUCUUAGUUUCAGAGGUGAGGACACCCGCAACACUUUCACCAGCCACCUUCAUGCUGCUUUACUUCGAAAGAAACUUCACACCUACAUAGAUGACAAACUUGAGAGAGGGGAUGAAAUCAGACCUGCCCUUCUAGAAGCUAUUGAGAAAUCAAAGCUUUCGGUCAUCAUUUUCUCAAAAAGCUACGCUUCUUCCACAUGGUGUCUGGAUGAACUCGUGCAUAUACUAGGAUGCAAGGAAAGGGAUGGACAGUUUGUUAUACCCGUUUUUUACGACAUCAGUCCACAGGAUGUACGAAAACAACAGGGGAGUUAUGCAGAUGCAUUUGCCAAGCUUGAAGAACGUUUCAAGCUUGAAGAAGGUAUGGGCAAGGUGCUUAAGUGGAGGGAUGCUUUGCAGAAAGCUGCCAACCUAUCUGGUUAUGAUUAUUCAAACAAAGCCGGGACAGAGGCUGAUUCCAUUGAGAAACUUGUCCAAGUUAUAUUGAACAAAUUGGAUUGCAAAAGCUCAAGUAAUUUAAAGGGCCUAGUUGAAAUUGAAACCAAAGUUGAGCAAAUUGAAUCGUUACUAUGCCUUGAUUCAUCGGAUGUUUGCAUUGUAGGUAUUUGGGGCAUGGGUGGUAUUGGCAAGACCACCCUUGCUGAUGUUGUUUAUCACCGACUCUCUUCCAAGUUUGAAGCUUGCUGUUUUCUUAAAAAUGUUAGAGAAAAUUCCGAAGGAAAAGACGGAAUAUAUAACUUACGAAAUGAACUUCUCCGUGAGAUUUUAGAUGAUAAAAAUAUAAAUAUUAAGACUCCAUCUAUAGGAUCAGAGCUUAUUAAAGGGAGGCUCCGUCAUACAAAGGUACUCAUUGUUCUUGACGACGUGAAUGAUUCAAGGCAAUUAGAACUUCUAGUUGGAGAUGAUCUUGAGUUUGGUGUCGGAAGUAGAAUCAUUAUAACAACUCGAGAUAGGAGCUUACUCAAUGAAAAGGUGGUUGAUGACAAAAUUUACGAGGUCAAGGGAUUGAAACAUGAUGGCGCUCUUCAGCUCUUUCAUUUGCAUGCUCUGAAAAAUAAGUCUCCUAUGACAGUUUAUACAGAGUUUUCAAGAAGGGUGAUAGAUUAUAUUCAAGGCAUUCCAUUGGCUCUUAAAACUUUGGGUGCCUUAUUCCGUCGCUGCGAUACAGAAGAAGACUGGGAUGAAGAAUUGAACAGAUUGAAAAAAUUUCCUAGCGAAAAUAUUCAGAAAGCGUUGAGACUAAGUUAUGAUGGAUUAGAAGAAAAUGAGAAGGAAUGCUUUCUUGACAUUGCAUGCUUUCUGAAAGGCGCAAAUGUUUAUUAUGCAAAAAGAAUAUUAGAUAUUCGGGGUUUCUUUGCGAAGGGAAUCCAAAUUCUCAUUGACAAGUCUCUCAUAUCAAUUUCAAAGAAGAAUUUCUUAGAGAUGCAUGAUUUGCUGCAAGAAAUGGGCCGGACAAUUGUUCGUGAACAAUGCAAGGAUGAGCCAGGAAAACGUAAUAGGUUGUGGGAUGCUGAUGAUGUCUAUCAAGUGCUGGAGAAUGAUACGGGAACUUCAACAGUUCAAUGCAUAUCCUUUGACACGUCUAACAUUACACGGUUGGAAUUAUGUGGAUCACCCUUCAAGAAGAUGUCUAAUUUAAGAUUGUUGAUAAUUCAUAAUCCUCGUCUAAGAGUCAUGUACGAGGAUUUCUUUAGAUAUUUCAUGCAAGUGGUUAAAGGUGAUCUCGUUGACAAGUUGAACAACAACAAUCUGGACCUUUCUCAAGGUCUUCAGUCUCUUCCCAAUUCUCUCAGGUAUCUUUACUGGCAGGGAUACCCGUUGAAAUCUCUUCCAUCAAAUUUUUCUCCACAAAAUCUUGUUGAGCUUCGAAUGCCCCGCAGCUUUGUUGGGGCAGAACUUUGGAGUAAAAACCAGAAUCUUGGGAACUUAAAAGUGAUUGAACUAAGUUUUUGCGUGCAUCUGACUGAAGUUCCAGAUCUCUCUCGCAGUAAAAAAAUUGAGCAUAUAGUGCUUUAUGGCUGUGAUAGAUUGGUUCGAAUUCCUUCUUAUUUUAAAGAUCUUGACAAGCUUAGGUGGCUGAAUCUGGGAGAGUGCUCAAGUCUAGAAUUCUUACCAGAGCUCCCAGUGCUAUGUUGUCUUGAAGCAAGUGGCUGCACUUCACUGAAGACAGUUUCAAGUUCAAGAAAUUCACUCACACAAGCUUGGGAUAAAUAUGAAAUUUUUCGAGGGCGUUUUAACUUUUUUGAUUGCCCAAACUUGGAUGAAAAUGCAAGGACCAAUAUAAUGGCUGACACACAGUUAAGAAUUAUGCGAGUGGCAACUGGGCCAUUGAAAACUCAGCAACAUAAAGAAGAAGAAAUUGUCAUGGAAAUGACUUCAUCUAUCCCUACCUGGUGUCGGACUUUAGGUAGCACCGACUCUGCUCGGACUUUAGUUGGCACUGUAUGUGCAGGAAAUGAAAUUCCAAAUUGGUUCUGCCAUCAAAAUGAAGGAUCUUCGAUAACUAUCAAGCUUCCUCGAAAUUGGUAUUGUACAGAUUUUUUGGGUUUUGCUCUAUCUGUUGUUCUCCCUCCCACUGUCUUUCAUAAACGUGUGUGGCUUACAUGCUCGUGCAAUUUUAAAACUAAUAGUGGUGAAAGCCAUAAAACCAUUUAUCCUUCCUAUUAUCCUUUUAAUGAAGAUGGGGGAAAGCAACUUCAUUUCAGUAACAUACUUGUGUGGUAUGGUGCGUUUGCACUUGGAGAGGGAGCAACUUUGAAUAGCUCCAAUUCUUUUUACGAACUUGUCACUGGGGCCUAUUUUAAGUUCAACGCCGUGGACCUUCGCCGAUUUAAGGUGAAAAGGUGUGGGAUCAGCCUGCUGUAUGCUGAAGAUGUCGAGACCAUCAAGUCGGGAGGAAAUACAGGUUGGAGUAGCCAAAAAUAAAAAGUUAGAAAUGAAAAGUUAGGAAUUUGAGCUCUUCUUGUUGUUUGUAUUCUCAUCUUUUAAGCUGUAUGUAAGCCUUGUGGCCGAGGGAUUCCUAAUAUUAGUCUUUAUUGUUGUAACGCAUUGGCUCUCCAAGUAAUUUAUAAGAGACGUUUUGAUA